AUGGCCUAUUUAAGCUUGGGUGAGUCAAUACAAGACGUGAUUAAUAAGUUGAAGAAUGAGAGGGAGCAUAAGAAGAUCAAGCAAAGACUUAGUGUCCAAUCUAGUCUAGAUGGAGUUGGGAUCAGAUGGAAGAAGAUUGCUGCUAGUGGCAAGGCGUGGAAUGCGACGCUGCAGGCCGGCUGUGUUAUCACUUUGCAGCUCGACUACGAGGCUCUUUCAGGUACCAUUGAGGAUCUAUCUAUGAUUUCAAGCUUUAUAUGCCUGAAGAAGCUAAACUUAGCAUACAAUUCACUCAGUGGGAGCAUCCCACCAUCUCUUUUUAGUCUUCCCUCACUGCAGCAACUUAAACUUUCCAACAACAAUUUUAGUGGCCAUAUUGAUGAGUUUCACUCUUCAAGUUUCCCUCACUUGGAAGACCAAUCUAGUUUGCUAUUUUUGGACCUGUCAAACAACAGACUCAGAGACGAAAUUCCCAACUGGAUAUGGGAGAUAGGGAGUGGAGAUUUUUGGCAAUUGAAUCUUUCUUGUAAUCACUUUGUGGAUCUACAGAAGCCUUAUAGAAUUCCUGAUUCUCUUCAAGUUCUGGAUUUGCACUCGAAUCAUCUCGGGGGUGAGUUGCCCUUGCCUAAAGAAAGAGCUCUGUACAUAGAUUACUCAAACAACAAGUUUGACAAGGCCAUUCCAACCAACAUUGGAACCUACCUUUCCAAUCUCAUUUUUUUCUCUGUUUCGAAUAAUAGUUUGAGUGGAACAAUUCCAUCCACCCUCUGCGAAGCUGCGUAUCUUCAAGUUGUUGAUUUGUCUUUUAAUAACUUGAGUGGUAAUAUACAUCCUUGUCUGCUCCAAAACACUGAGAAUCUUGGGGUGUUCAGCCUGAGGAGCAACAACAUCAGCGGUGAUAUUCCAGAUGAAUUCUCUGAAAAUUGUGACCUAGAAACUUUGGAUUUUAAUGGUAACAACUUAGGAGGGAAAAUUCCAAAGUCCAUGGAAUACUGCACUUCAUUAACUGUGUUUAAUGUUGGAGACAACAACAUUGAUGGUGGAUUCCCGUGCAUGCUUCCCUCUAGCUUGCGCGUGCUUGUCUUGCGCUCCAACAAGUUCCAUGGAGAGAUCACAUGCACCAAACAUUGGCCUGAUCUUCAAAUUAUGGACAUAUCAUCCAACUACUUCAGUGGCUCUCUCAACCAAGUGGGAUUCUCGAGCUGGAGCCGAAUGGUGCUAGGCAGCGAUAGGCAGUCAAGGCGAGAGCAACUCCACUUUGACUUUCUAAAUUUGAAAAACUUCUACUACCAAGACGAGGUGACACUAACGAUCAAAGGCUCGAAGCUGAAGCUUCCCUAG